AUUUCAGUCUCCGACUAGCACGCUUUGGGAAAACACAGUGAGCGGAGCGUCCGCAGUCGCAGUAGCACUCGAAGUCCGCUUAUCCGCAGCCGCAGCGCUUUCGAAUUUUCAAACCUUCCAUUCGAUCCGAUCCAUCUGGCACAUCCUAACCAUCUAAUCGUAUCCCCAUAUCAUCGUGAUCGCGUCCGUAAUCGCUCCGUUUGGCCGUACUCGAUGUUCCGGUUUUGUGUGCAAUCGAGUCCGAAGGAGAUCGAAACAAUAAUCUCGCCGGAUAGGAAAUCUGAAGCACGAAAGUUCGUUUCGAAAUCCAAGAGAGUCGUUACAAUUUGAAAAGGCCGCAAAAAUCGUUUAGAUACGAGAAAUUCGACGAUCUGAAAAUAUAUGAAUAUAUAUAUAUGUAUAUAUAUGUAUUUGGUUUGUGCUGUGUUUUAAAAAGGAAUAUCAGAAAAAUAUUAUGAAAAUGUUGAAUUGUAGUUGCCCCAAGUUUUAAAGUGUGCAAGUGCAACUCUCUGAAAAUCAACGAAGAAUACAACGCGUCCAAAAAAAGAAUCGUAAAACAGAAAAAAGCAAACAAACAUAAAAACAAGUUCAUCAACUAUGUUAGCCAACGAAAAUUUGUACGCAUAAAAAAGCAGAGAUUGCUUCAUUUCUCGCUUCCCAACUAAACAGCGGGAAUUUCUGACAUGACAAGAAAGUCAUUGGCGUUGAUAAGAUGCAUUAUCAGCGGGGAAGACGAAGAUGAAGAUCCGCAACAGCAACAGAAACAGCAGCAAUUGAAAAGUGUUGAACAAGUCUACGAUAUGAUAACCUAAUUUCCUGCCAGGAAAGAGGCGAAAAGAUUUUAACGAAAAUUUAAACGGGCUCAGAGAGAGACUUUUAAACAAAGCCAAGUCAGUGAAAAGAAAGAAAAAACAUAAUCGAAACGAAAGUAAGAGAUUUCUGAAAACGAGGCGUACAUAUGUUUUAACGACACCCGAGGGCGUGGCGAACGCCCAAUAAACUGGCAAAAACAGUCUAUAAACAACUGCGAGUCAAGCGAUUUAUACAGAAAUUAUAGACAUUCGGAUUCAGAUUCAGAUUCAGAUUCAGAUUCAGAUUCCGAACCGGGCGGAAAACAACGGCUCGAGAAACCCCUGUGAACCAAAGUGGUGAUCUUUGAUGCGAAUAAACCUGCGCUUGGACUGGAGGGCCCUGGCGCUGCUGGGCGCCCUCCUCUCGUUCAUCAUCGCCUGGCGGGGCCUUGUAUCUGCGAUGCCCCUCAUGGCCAUGGACAACAACCUGACAGACUCAUCCGGAUCCACAUACACACCCACAUUUAAAUCCAACAGCACGAACAAUAGCAAUCUGCUUAGUAAUAGUUAUCUACAAAGUGAUCAUAGUCGUAGUAGUUUAGUGCCGAGCGCAGUGAGUGAACGUAGUGUAAAUCAACCCACAAAUCAAAGUAUUAAUGCUGAAUUUAAUCAGAGCCUAAGCACGCAUCCGACUGCCAUAACAAGCACACCACAUACCCAAAAAGUCCAAUCCCAAUACCCAUCCCAGGAGGAGGACUCCGAUCAGCUGGAAGAGCCGCUGGGAUUCGUCAUCUCAGCGAUGCCGAACGAGCAUCUGGCAGUCCUGUCGCGUACCGAACGCAGCAUUCGUCACCAGAGUCAGCAGCAGCAGAAGAAGCACCAUCAUCACCAGCAGCAGCCUAUGUCGCCCGCUGACAACAAUUUCAUUGGUUCGAAAUCGAAAAGACUGAGCAACCCUAGAAGUAGUCUUAACAUAAAUAGCAGUAGCAGUAACACACCCAUCAGCAAUCUGGACCGUAACGAACGCUCCACAGUGCCACAGUCCCAUUUGGCCUGGACUUCCCGCAAGAUCCAGCUGUACAUCAAAAACCGCAUCCUUCAGAUUUUGCGGGAUGGCGUUGUCAACGGAACCCAGGACGAGAAUAGUGAAUUCACGAUUCUCCAGCGAUCCACGGUGGAUGUGGGACGCAUCAAGCUGCAGAGUGUGGCCACUUGCCUGUAUCUGUGCAUGGACGCGUGCGGUGUUCCCUACGGCUCGAAAGACUUCACCGACGACUGCGUCUUCAACGAGAACAUGGGGCUUCAGAACUACAACACGUACUCCUCCACGUACCACUCCCAGGCGCGGCGGGUCUUCUAUCUGGCCCUGAAUGGCAGCGGCCAGCCCCGGCGCACCCAGAUCCCGGCCAGCCGAUCGCUGGGCAAGCUGAGCACCUACACGAACGCCAUAACGGAGACGGUGCCGCAGGAGCGGGUCGAGCAGCUGAUCGCCAAGAAUUUUGGGGCCAAUCGCGUGCGGCACGGCGUGCGGCAACUCUGUGAUACGGGCAAGCCGCUGAUCGAGCUGGUCGACGUGGCCAGAUUCAAGGGGCCGCCGCACUGCAGCAGCAACACAAGUGGCGGCAGCACCAGCAGCAGUGGCAGUAGUAGAAGUAGCAGCAAUAGCAGCAGCAGCUACGUUCCUCCGUCUGCGAUCAGCAGCCUGAGUAGUAUUAGUAACAGUAGUCAAAGCGAGAGCGGCCAUAUUAGCAGUAGCCCUAGCGGUAGCAGUAGCAGUAAUAGUAGUAGCAAUAGCAGUAGCACUAGCAGUAGCCAUAGUAGUAGGCCAGGCGGCAGCAAGGCCAACAAGAGGAAGAAGCCCAAGUGCAGGCCGCACGAGCAGGAGGACACUCACAAUUGCCAGAAGCGCGGUGGAGCCGGACCGGGGGCACUGCGAAAACUGGGGCCCAAGGCGAAGAGGUGCAAGGAGCUGCGGGAGAAGGCUGCCGCCGAGAAGCGGGCUCCGCCCAAUUGUGGCAAGAAGAAUGGGGCCAGGAGGAAUCCGAGUGAGGCGGCCAAAGCGGUGCAGCAGCGACCCAAAGGAAGCAUCCAGAACGGAGGCAAGAAGAAGCCAAACAAGGCGGGUAAGCAGCGCCAGAAUGGUGGCAAGAAGCAGCAGCAGCAGCAGCAACAGUUGCAGCAACAGCAACAGCCGCAGCAACAGCAGGCCAAAUCCAUUUCCGGUGGCAGGAGGAAGCACCGGAAAUUGGACGCCAGCAGCAGCACCACCACCAUGGCCACCAGCCUGGCCACGCCGCCAAGUAGCCACUGGGAGAGCAGCUCGCCCCUGCCAGCGUUUUCCCUCAGCGAAACCAGCGAUAGGGUGGAGCGCAACGUGCGCAUGAGCAGCGGCGAGGAGAGGGAUCAGGAUAACGACCAGGACCAGGAGCAGGAGCUGGCUGAUCCGGCGGAGCAGGGCGAGGAGGACGCCGAGGGCGACGGGGGAUCCCUGGAGGACACCAGCUACGAGGACGCCAGCUCGGAGGCCCAAGGACGCAGCGGAGCAGGCGGCGAUGAUUCGCUCUACUACGAUUUCGGACUGUUGUCCCCCCGGCGAUGAUCCAAAACCAACCAAGAUCCCCACUAAAGACGAUGAAUAUCAUGUAUUACAACGGAGUCUCGAGUAUUUAAUAAGAACCUCUCAAGCCAACCAUUUGAAGUAAAUUAUCAUCGAAAUGUAUUAUAAACGAUCGCCCAUCCCAUCCAAUCCAAUCCAAUCAGUAGAUCUAAUUCGAAGCCCUAAACUUACGCAACACGAAUGACCCAAAGAGUCUAUUGAAAUACUUGAGUCUCUGUGGCGGAACUUUCACGAUCGGUUGACGAUGAAAAUACUCAAAAAACGACCACUCCGAUGAGUCUACCAGAUACAAACAUGAAACCUUGCAAAACGCUUCCCAAUACUGAAAACGAGUAGAGCGGCGAGAUAAUUCGAAUAUGUUGAGGAAAUACCCUGUAAAUAGAUAAGAGGUUUAGUCAAGUAAGAUCCAUUUUUUGUCUGUACUGUCGAACCUCGCGUAGCCUUAGCCUUGUAAAUCAAUUUGAAUGCAGUUUUUCACACUCGAGCUAAAAAUCGCAAUGCGGAAGAAUAAAGCAAACGAAGCAUCGAAACUAUUAUGAAAUAAAUAAACGAAAAGUAGGGAAGCGAAACUCACAAAUCGCAAGAUUGUAUUUACAGUACAUACGAAACUAACACUAAUAUUAAUUUAUUCAACGAGAUAAAAGCGUGAAAUUAUAGUUGUAGCUGUAUGAUGGAUUAUUUAUUUAUUUAAAAAUAUUUAUUUAUAAACUACUAUUAGUACGCUUAGGCUAGACUAACAAACUUUGUUAUAACUUAAUGCAUAAACAAACAUUUUCCAGAUAAGUCAGUGAACGAUCAACGAAAAGAGCAUGAGCAGAACGCGAAAACUAAACUAAAUAAAAAUACAUUAAUAUCAAAUGCGAGUGUGUUUUAGUCGAUAUGGU